AUGAGAGAUCACUGCAUCUGGUCUUUGGCUGAUGAAACGAGGCUGGUCGACUAUAUUGCAGAUAAGCAUUCCAAAGCGGGAGAUGGGACAAACUUCACCAGGACCUUCUGGAAUAAUGCUGCCCUACAUAUGGCAGCAGGUCCAGUGCCUGAGGGUGCUCCCAAGAUGGCUGAUUCCUGUCAAUCUAAAUGGAGCCGCAUAAGUACUUUGUUUAAGGUGGUCAACAAACUGAGCAAUGCUUCAGGUGUAUUGUACGACUUCGAAAAAGGGGCUAAUAUUGAUGAUGAAGGCGAGACUAUGUGGAUGGACUACAUUUCAAAGAACCCUGAUGCAAAGGCCUUCAAAAACAAAGGAUGGCUGCAUUUUGAGAAGUUGCAGGGUGUCAUCCCAGUGACCACA